GUUGUUUAUUACUCCACGACAGCAUGGAAGUUUCACGCGACAUCACACCAACCAGCAAACUUAUAGAUGCAGCUUGCCGCUUAAUGAUAUCGCCACAGCAUAAUUCAACGAAUUGUGCAAAUGCCGACUAUAAUUGAGUCAAUUAUAUGAGGCUCUGCUAUCUGCUACGUAGAACCUCUCACAGUUAGGUACUGAGCAAAUGCAAUCCCACCUCAAAAUAUUGAUACCCAGGCACCGUCCCGCCCCAAUCUGUCUUUUCAUCCUCCAUUUCCACCCUGUGCUGGGGUGAUCAGCAUUGUGUCUCCAAGUCUAAUGAUAGAUAAGAAAUAACUUUCAAGCCACAGGCUUAUUGCAGAUAACAAGUAUGGAUUGGCCGAAUGUUGAUACUUGUUUUGACAAUAACGACUUUGGGAAUUUCAAGUAUCUCAGCAGUCCAUUCAAAAUUACAAGGAAACUUCGAUCAGACAAGGAACUCGUAUGCUGGAAUAUAAAAUCUUCUGAAGACUUGAGGGAAUGGAUCGAGAAGAACCAGUCCUCGAUCCAUGGUUCUUGUGAGCAUGGAACGUUUGCCGUCAUCUUUAGUCGGAACAGCAGCUUGGACUUUUCGACCCCGUCGUAUCUUCCUAUUUCAAAGCCUGAAUUCAGUCAACUUAUCGAAUUAUUCCGGAUACACCGCUCAAUAGUUCGGACGAUUCGCCGGGAAAUUACAUACUUUUCCCGUACGCAUCUCAACCAUGGGGCAGUGGGAUGUAACAACAUCGUGUAUACUGCGAGAACUAGUUCAGAAUGGUCGGAUGAUGUUGCCCUCUCCUCAACAUACUUGAGCCAUAGGAAACUUAACUUGUCAGUUUUCUACGGAUGCAAUGAUGAGCAGUCCUUCGAUAUUGAGAGGCGCUUAUCAAACGCCGGCGAUGCCAUAUAUCACCCGGUGCUGACACCUGGUAUCUUGAUUGAACUUGACCGCAAGCGGCUCGUAGAGCGAGUAGACUCGGUCCUUGACCCGUUUGUGUCGUUUAUGUCUAGCGCAGAAGCACUAUGUUGUACUACUAGGGACCCCGAAAGUAUCUUAAAUAGAGACGGGGAGACAACCGACGACCUGUUAUGUCUCUACAACAGCGCUAGUGAGUUGACGAAGGGAAUUCGAAAAAUUAAACGGCAGAUCUCAGACAUGUGCAAGCAUAUUGAUGAGCUUGAGACCACAUAUACCGAUAUAAAAAGAAAGAGGAGCCUCUAUAGGAGAUCAGGCCUGAAGAAGAAGGAUGGAGUCAAACUCCACCCGCCAUUCAUCGCAUCAAAUAUCAAUACUCGGAUCCGCGAGCGUUUGUCAGAGAUUGAAGCCGAGUACGAUGAAAAGCUUGAUGAGUGCCAUAUGGUUCUCGAUGGUUUGAAUUUCGCCACACAAAUGGCAUCGGGACAUGUCGCAAGACAUCAAACAUUCACUAAUACUCGAAUAUCCAUCGAAACGAAGCGAGAUAACGCGCAAAUGCGUUCAAUCGCCAUAGUCACUAUGAUAUACCUACCAUUAACCUCGGUUGCUUCAAUCUUCUCCAUGGGAGUCUUCAACUGGGGGGCUACGGAGAGCCAACCCAUACUGACAUUCUACUUCUGGGUAUACGUAGCCAUUGGAGGUGGACUUACAGUUAUAACACUUGCGUUAUGGUGGGUACUAACUCGGCGCAGCUCGUCUGUAAAGGGUCACCAUGAGGCAACUGAGAUGGCGGUAAUGGUCUGAUCAUAUCUUACGCGAGUUGGGAGGGAUUAAUACGUAGGGCGUGUCUCCUUAACUAGGUUGAUAUUAGAUACUCCCAGUUCCAAUCCACUAAUAUUGUCCAUAAG